AUGCCAACCAUCCACACUCUUCCACCACUAGCACCGUCGAGCGACAAGUCCCACCACAAGCAGCCAGGCUAUAAAAAUCCCUGGCCAUCAUGGCCCAAUCGAGGACUAAGUUUCGCCGACGUCUUCCGGACUCGUUUCGGGGGUAACAAGCCGCCAUAUGUCCCUGUACCGGCCGACCGAGCAGAACUGGUUCAGGUUCGCCGUCCGGAUUUUAGCCCCCCACCGCCGGGUGCCGCAUUCAAGGUCACUUGGAUCGGUCACGCCUCAUUUCUGCUUCAGUGUGCUCUACCGUCUUCUACACGCACCUUGAACAUCUUGCUCGAUCCUGUCUUCUCCGAGAGGACAUCACCAUUUUCAUUUUUCGGUCCGAAACGAUAUACCCCUACACCGUGUACCUUGGCAGAGUUGCUGGAUGAACUCCCCAUUGACGUUGUCUGCAUCAGCCACAACCACUACGACCAUGCCGACACUGCUUCUCUGAAAGCGAUAUACGAGCAUCGAGGACCCGAUGUCCUCUUUUGCGUUGCUCUGGGCAAUUCCAGAUGGCUACUACCUCUGAGCAUCCCCAAGCAGCAAAUAUGGGAGGGCGACUGGUGGGACCGACUCGAGGUAUCUAUGUCGGACGGCACCGCGUCAAAGGAGAAGGCUGCCUCCAUUCGAACCUCGGAGUCCUCAAAAAGCACACAUUCUGACGCAAGCAUCCGAAUAACGUGCACGCCCUGUCAACAUUCUUCAGCUCGCAGCCCCUUCGACAGAGACGCAGACCUGUGGUGCAGCUUUGCUCUCGAAAUCCCCAGUGAGGUAACAUCAUCAUCGUCAUCCGGGAAGCCGUCAUCAACCACGGACAACAGCAGCCACCGAUCCGUCUACUUCUCCGGCGACACCGGCUACCGCACCAUCCCCUCCUCCCCAGACCCCUACCCAGACAGCGACCUCCCCGCCCUCCCCGUCUGCCCUGCUUUCGCUGAGAUUGGCGAACAGCUAGGACCCUUUGACCUCGCCCUCCUGCCCAUCGGGCUCUGCAAGCCGCGAGCCUUCAUGGCGCCCGUGCACUGCAACCCGGCCGACUCGAUGUGCGUGCACCGGGAUGUCAAGGCCAAACGGAGUGUAGGCAUGCACUAUGGCACCGUCAGGGGCGGACUCAGCGAGUACUACGAGGACGUGCGCACGCCGCCGAGGGAGUGGCGCGAGGAGGCGGAGAAGAUGGGCUUGAAGUUUAGGGGAGAGGGUGGUGAUCGUAGUGGUGAGGAGGAGGAUUGGGAGAUAGGCUUGAUGGAUGUGGGUGAGAGUCUGGUCAUUUGA